CGAAGGGUCAAUUAAGAGCAACCGGAGAACAGCGCUUCAUCGGUUUGUAGAAAUCACACUUCGUCGCCGUCGCUCUCAAUAUAAAUCAUCACAAUAACAACAUUUAGUUAUUGAAAUACUAGAGAUUUGCAGGAAAACAUCAGCUGACAUGGAGAAGCAGGGCUUCAAACUGUGUGUAUUACUGCUGAGCACUUUGGCUGCAUCAAUGCAAACUUACCAGCUCCAAGAGGCCACCGUGUACUGGGAUGCUGCCCAGAAAAGUGUGAUCUUGAAGGAGGGGUUGAUGGAGGCAGAGGGGGGAGCCUAUGGUUACUUCAAUGACACUCUACUCCUCUCUGGAUGGGGUGUCUUGGAGAUCCAUGCAGGUCAUGGGGUGAUCACACAGGAAGACGAGACCACCUUUUUCCUGGCUGGGUACCUGGAAGGUUAUCUCACAGCUGAGCAGAUGUUCAACCAUUACUCCAACAUGCACCCUCAACUAAUAAAGGAUGAGAAGGUUCUGAAUCCCCUGCAAAGGUUUUUAAGCAAACAGGACCAGUGGGCCAGAGAGCAAGUGAAACUGAGGAGAUCCAGCGACCCCUUGUGGAAGCAUCUGGGACUGAUCCUGGCCCAGCUGGACGGACUCCACGCCGGAGCAGCACAGUGGGCCAAAAGCAAACACAGAGAGCCUCUAUCAGCGUUCGCCUUACAGUUUCUGAAUGGUGUUGGCGACCUCCUGGACCUUGUCCCAGCUCUGACACCUCGCUCCAACUCCUCCACAGGGGCCGCCACUUUCAGGAUGCCAGGAAUGGGCCACUGCACAGCUCUCAUCAAGGUGCUGCCAGGCUUUGAGAACCUGCUGUUUGGCCACUCGAGCUGGUAUACGUAUGCAGCCACCAUGCGUAUCUACAAACACUGGGACUUCAGGGUGUCUGAUGCACACACCGCCACUGGAAAGAUGUCGUUCAGCAGCUACCCUGGCUUCCUGAUGUCUCUGGAUGACUUCUACCUUCUUGGAAGCGGCCUGCUGAUGACUCAGACCUCCAUCGGUGUCUUCAACAUCUCUCUCUACUCCCAGCUCAGCCCUCACAGCCUGCUGGCCUGGCAGAGAGUCCGCCUGGCCAACAGCCUGGCGCACAGUGGAGAGGAGUGGGCGCACAUCUUCUCCAAAUACAACUCAGAUGAUCCCUGUUCGCAACUGCAAAACCACAAUUGUUUAGGUACAUAUAACAGCCAGUACAUGCUGGUGGACCUGAGCAGGGUUUCUCUAGGCCACAGUAUCAGCAAUGGAGCUCUGACUGUGGUGGAGCAGAUUCCUGGGAAAGUGAUGCACUCUGAUCAGUCUCAAGCUUUACGCAGAGGUUACUGGCCAUCCUACAACAUACCAUUUCACAUCGAAAUAUACAACCUGAGUGGGUACAGUGUGAUGUGGAAGCGAUACGGAGAAGACUUCUCUUAUGACCUCUGUCCCCGAGCCAAAAUCCUCCGCAGGGACCAGGCAAAGGUGUCUGACCUCAGCUCCCUCAAACACAUCAUGAGAUACAACAACUACAAGAAAGACCCCUACUCCAAGGGCCAUCCAUGUAAAACCAUCUGUUGCCGUAAUGACCUGAGACCAAGGAGACCACAUCCAGGGGGUUGCUAUGACACUAAGGUGACGGACUACCAGAUGGCUGUCCACCUGGUCGCAGAGGCAGUAAAUGGUCCCACAACGCAGGGGGGCCUGCGUCCGUUCUCAUGGCAAUCCUUCAACCUCUCAACUCAUCAGGGUCUCCCACACACCUACAACUUUCCCUUUGUCACCAUGAGGCCCACACUGCGUGGGCCCUAAGAGCACAGGGACAGAAGAAACCACUCAUCCAUCUAGUACAGGUCGCGCUUUCCUGUUCAAAACAGGAAUCUGAAAAGGUUUUGUCACAACACUAAACAUCCUGUUGGUGCACAUGUGAUGACUGUGGCAAAAUAUGAUCAAAGUUUAAAUUCUGACAAGGCGCAUUAUCACAGUUGAAAAGGAGUCAUUAAAGGGUCAAAUGUGCGCUCCAUGUGAACUUAGUGAAUUUAGUCGUAAAGUCAUUUAUUUUAAAGCUGAUUAAUACCAGGCUGAGGAAGGACACCAGCUUGAUUGUUUGUUAUUUAACUAUUUACUAAUCCAUUAGUACAUUUGUAAUGUUUGAUAUCAACAACUAAUUAAUUUGUUUGUUGUUUUAAUAAUAUGCAAUGAUUACUCAGGUUUGCACAGGUGUGUAAGGAAAGUUUCUGACUGACUUUGUGUAAAUAUUAACAAUAAUAAAGUACCGGUAUUCAAAUAUACCUAAAAUGGG